GAUUAUUUACAUUCAUUUGGCCGUUAAAGAGCUUCCCGACUUGUGUCAUGCCUCUGUUAGGGGUAGAAUACACGUGCUUGUUUUCACCCCUCGAAAGCAGCUGUUUCCAAGGGCAAAAUGACGGCGUAUUGGUGAACCCCGCUAAUUCAUUCUAAGAAUCAGAGCUUUUGUGGAGCGAUGAGUACUGAUGAUGACGGCCACUUCGAGCCAGCGGAAAAACCUCUCGACCAAGCACAGCUGGUAGCUAUGAUUGAGCUGCAAUUGUCGGAGGUAGACAUGCUUCAGUCGAUGUUCCCUGGCCCGCGAGAAUUUGUACUGCACGACCCCUCCGUUCUGGUGGACCUGCGGGACUUUGCCGAGGGCCGCACGUUACUUCUGCCACCUCGCAUGGAUCUGGUCAUCAACUUAGACGUCGGAAAGGUAUAUUAAAUCUCUAGAAAAAUGUGACUUAGCAAUUGGUCCAGCUGUAACUUGGCUGCAGGAGAAAGGGGAAACCUUCUUCUCGGACAACAUUGAAGAAGAGGUACCACUGAACACAGAGACAGAGUCUGAGGGAAAGGACACCAAAUUUGCAAGAUUAUGGAUAUAUUCCCAUCAUAUAUAUAGCAAGGUAAAACGCAAGGAUAUUUUGGAUUUAUCAAGAGAGUUUGACUUGACAGGUUUCUGCUUACCCGGGAAACCUGGCAUCAUAUGUGUAGAAGGAAUGUCACGCAAUACAGAUGAUUGGUGGCAGAAGGUAAGGUCAUGGAACUGGCAGAAGAUUCUUGUCAAGAGCCGAGAAAUUGUUGAUGUUACCAAAGGUCAAGACAUUGAUAAGCUACGAAGAUUUCCUUCAUUUGAAGAACUGGGCUCUGAGAAUAACAUCCGGGUCAAGAAUGGAGGAUUUCACGUUGACAUGGGAGAUGUAUUUAGGUACUUAGAAAACCAUGAAUCAGGAUAUGUUUUCAAAGAAUAUUUUGGUGUCAGUGGGAGGCCAACUUGACGCACUUUGAAUGGAGAUAGUAACAUUAGGUCCUGCCAUACUUGUAUAGAAAGUUGGGAGCAUUAAGAAAAUUCUUGUUUGGAUUGAAUGAUCGUUAUGUACAUUAAUAAUUUGGAUGUUUAUGAAUUAGUAAUGGGAAGACUAUAUUUUAUAUGUUAUUUAUAAAUCUAUUACCAAUUUGAAAUUAUUUUUGGUAUUGAAAUUACCUUUCACAAUAAAAUAGAAAUCUAUUUAAAAUCUUUAUAGUAUCCCCUUGCAUUGUUAAAAGGAAUGUGAGUAAAGGAAAUCAUUUCAUCCCUGAUAAUUGGAAAACCAAAAUAAACAAACAAAAUAAAGGAGAACAGUCAUAGAAAAGUAGGUUAUAAAGGGCUAUACCAGGUAGGCUAAGACGGUAAUUUUAGGAUCACUUUUAUGCAACAUCUCUGAACUGUCUGGAGUGAUGCAAUUGUCAGUCCAGCCUUUAUAAAUGGAGAAGGGUGAUACCAAGACUGCAGUGUGUAGAGUAUUUUUGUCAUCACAUUUUAUGAGCUUGGUGUUUGAGCAAAACGGAAUAAAAGACUGAAACUUGAAUUCAGAUUCAAGAUACAUUAAAUAUUUAAGUAUACAUUCAACUGGGUUAUUGUACAGCUUUUGAUUGCAGCUGAAAUAAUUUUACCGAGUUUCUUUCAAUAUACAAUCUGUACUUCAAUUUUUAAAAAUAUUUUUAAUCCAUAAAUUGCUUUUUGUAAGUAACAUUCUCCUAAUUGCCAAAUUUGUGAGAGGGAAUUCAUUUUGUUCACUUGGUAUUAUGGUUCCUUUGAAGUUGAGAGGUCAAAAACCAUUUAUAAUUCCUUUAAGAUUUACGUUUAUUCAUGGAGAAAUGUAAAGGUAACGGGACAGUUUCCAGGUCUUCUUCCAGUCUUUUUCUAGAACCAUAUUUUUAUAUCUAGCCUAUUGCUGGUGUGAAUUUCACUAGAUAUGCUUUAAUUUAAAUAAGUAUGUGUUGUAAGACUUUUUGCACAAUAAAGUCUAAAGAUCAAGAAAA